CAAGCACACGCGCACGUACACACACAACUGGCUCAGCUAGCUGUAACCGGCUAGUUGUCGAGUUGACACCCUCCCCAAAACCUCGGCAGCAGCAAAGCUGCUCAGUAGACAUGGCUGGAAAAUAUCGCAACAUUUUCCUAAACAAAGAUGGAAAUCUUCCAAAUCUUUGGAAUGAUAUUCAUCAUGCGAUGUAAUCCAAAAUCCACAAUGUGUGAGGACAUUUAAGAACGAUUGAGUUCGAAAGAAAAAAAUCUUGAUUCCAGUGGAAUCUUCCAUAUAUUAUUAUUAUUAUUAUUAUUAUUAUUAUAUUUUUUUCUGUGUUAAAGAAUCCAUACAUUUACAUACACUCGUCCCAUCAACACAUAACCAUGCCCGUGCAAGCACCACAAUGGACGGAGUUCCUGCUGUGUCCAAUCUGCACUCAGACAUUUGAGGAGACUGUUCGCCGGCCCAUUAGCUUGGGAUGUGGACAUACUGUCUGCAAGAUGUGCCUGAACAAGUUGCACCGUAAGGCCUGUCCUUUUGACCAGACAACCAUCAGCACAGACAUCGAACAGCUACCUGUCAACACAGCCCUGUUGCAACUGGUGGGAGGCCAGGUUCCUAAGGCUCAGCCAGUUGCCUUGAUCACCAGUCCAGAGGACUCGCAACAUUAUGAAGAGGCCAGGCAGUGUGUGGAGGAGCUUGCCCUCUACCUCAAACCCCUCAGCAAUACACGAGGGGUGGGUCUGAGCAGCACAGCGCAGAGCAUACUGAGUCGACCCAUGCAAAGGAAACUGGUGACUCUGGUCCACUGCCAGCUGGUGGAGGAGGAGGGUCGUGUUCGAGCUAUGAGAGCUGCUCGUUCUCUGGGCGAGCGAACUGUCACAGAACUCAUCUUGCAGCAUCAGAAUCCACAGCAGCUAUCCUCCAAUCUGUGGGCUGCUGUUCGUGCUCGAGGAUGUCAGUUUCUCGGACCAGCUAUGCAGGAAGAAGCUCUAAAACUGGUUCUCCUUGCAUUGGAGGAUGGAUCUGCACUGUCUAGGAAGGUGUUGGUUCUCUUUGUUGUCCAGAGGCUUGAGCCUCGCUUCCCACAGGCCUCCAAGACUAGCAUAGGCCAUGUGGUGCAGCUCCUCUACAGGGCCUCCUGCUUCAAGGUGACCAAACGUGAUGAAGAUUCUUCCCUAAUGCAACUGAAAGAAGAGUUUCGUACCUACGAGGCUUUGCGGCGCGAGCAUGACUCUCAGAUUGUUCAGAUUGCCAUGGAGGGCGGGCUGCGUAUUGCACCAGACCAGUGGUCUUCUCUGUUAUAUGGAGAUCAGUCUCACAAGUCACAUAUGCAGUCUAUCAUAGAUAAGCUGCAGACCCCAGCAUCUUUUGCUCAGAGUGUUCAGGAGCUGACGAUCGCGCUACAGAGAACUGGUGACCCUGCUAACCUGAACAGGCUGCGACCCCACUUGGAACUACUGGCCAAUAUUGAUCCUAGUCCUGAUGCUCCUCCUCCCACUUGGGAGCAGCUGGAGAAGGGGCUAGUAGCAGUGAAGACAGUCGUGCAUGGACUAGUGGACUUCAUCCAGAACCACAGCAAGAAAGGAGCUGACCCUCAGCAACCUCCUCAGCACAGCAAAUACAAGACAUACAUGUGCCGUGACAUGAAGCAAAAGGGAGGCUGUCCUCGUGGAGCCAGCUGCACCUUUGCUCACUCUCAGGAAGAACUGGAGAAGUAUCGUAAGAUGAAUAAGCGUCUUGCAGCUCGCCUUCCUGGCUCAGGAGGGCUCAUGCCAGAUGAGGGCCUUCCCCUUGAUGUAGCAGUAACCCGGAAGCCUUCACCCCUCACCAACGGUAGUGGUGGGCCCUCUUUGCCCCAGCUCAUUGCCCGUGGCACUGACACAGUCCCAUAUGAACUAUUGCGUAAACCUGUCAAGAUGGAUGGAGGUAGUCCCAGUGCCCCAGGAUCACCACCUGAUCCCCUGGAUCCUGUCCCCAAAUCUGGUAUGCCUCUACCACCUCACGGCAUGACCCACCCUAGGAUGCCAGCGGACCACCUCUCUGGGGUGAAGCAGUUGCCCGUGGUAGCCAGAGGCUCACCCGUUUAUCCCCAGGCUCAACUUAAUGAAAUGUAUUGUACUCGUCCACAACCUUCUGCUUCUCAGUACGAGCCUUCACAGUAUCCCACAGGGUAUCCCUACCAACAGCCUCCACAGUAUCUUCCCCGGGAUUACAUACGUAACCCUCAACCGCCCAGUGAAUCAGCAGGACCCCCCUAUCAAGACCCUUACCCUGGCUACGGCCCUCCAGAGCGCCCAUACCAGGCCCCUCACUCUGGACCGCCCUUCUCUUAUCCUCACCCUCCUCACUAUGACAGAGGUCGUCAUGCGACCUACACUGGGCCACCACCUCCACCACAGCCUUAUCCACCUCAGAGAGACGGCCUGGUCAGAAUGAGUCCUGCACCCCUAGAUGUUCCCCCACAAUCAGCAGGGCAGGCUAACUCGCUAUACCACCCAGAGCCCAAUUCUCGGGAUAGAUACCCACCUGAUGGCUACUAUCCUCCUGGUGCCCAGCCUCCACCCAUGAGGGCUUAUGUCAGAGGCCCAUCAUAUAGUGGUUCACAGCACAGCCUGGAUUAUCUGCACAGACGUCGGCAGGAGCUUUUGUCCCAGCUAGAGGAAAGGAAGGUCAUUUCUCCUCCACCUUUCGCUGCGUCUCCCACUCUGUCUCAUCCGUUCCCCAGUGACUACCCUCCUGAGUAUGGUGAAGAGAGCCCCAAAACUAUUGUGAAAUGCAGAGAGCCUGAUUAUGCAGGCCAAUACUCUCCUUGGUCUUGUGAAACCAUUGGUUCCUACAUCGGCACAAAGGACCCCAAACCCAAAGAUGUUAUGGUUCCUGGUACAAUGGAGAUGAUGAAUGUGGAGGCUAAGGGUCUUAGGGAACCAUCCCUGGAGGCUCCUCGGAGGGGUACAGAAGUGAAGGACGAUGACCCCAUUAUCCCUUUUGGCCCUCAGCCCACUGUAUCACGUUUUGGUGCCAUUUCCCGCACCUCAAAGACUGGCUACCAGACUACUGGGCCUGUACAGGCUAUGGCCUCCACUCCCCAGAACCCCAACUCUAAACAUAUGGCCAUGCCAGAAUACACAUAUGGAAGCCAUGGAGGAUGGGGUGGAGCUUCAUACCCCUCCCACCAGACUGCCUCUUCCUCUCAGGGACACUUUAAUGAGCGCCUGCCUAUGGCAGCCCAAGACAGAGAACAGUUAAAGAUUGAGCUGCAGCAAGUCAACCAGCAGAUCACCCAACAGACCCAGAUGCACAGUAUGGAGGCUGCCAGUAACUCCUUACUGCUGCAGAGAGAAGCCAGUGCCCUGGCAGGUCAACCUGUGCAGCCCAGCCAAGGCCAGGCAGCAGCAGCCCAGCAGCAGCCCAAGUGGCCAGCAGGGGGCGCAAGUGCCACAGCUGUUUCUAGUGAACAGUUGAGUCUGGAGCUCCACCAGGUGGAGAGAGAGAUCGGCAAGAGAACCAGAGAGAUGGCUCUGGAGAAUCAAGUAGCCCAUGAUGUGCAGCAGUACAAGAUGAAAUCUGCAGAGAAUGGACAACCAGAGCACAAGACCCAGCUGGAAGAAAUCUCUCUGGCUCUAGGUGAGGUUUCCAAUGGCUCCAGCAGUCUGCAAGAAAGUGCAGUGGGCGGGUCCAUGCUGUCACUGACGAAUAAGACGUCUGCGUUGAGCCUGUGUUCUGAUCCAGGUGCCGCUGGUUCAGAGAUGCAGAAGAAUGGCGUUGUCCAUUCCUGCUCCUAGGCAUUACACACGCACACACACAUACACAUGCACACACUCAAGAUGCUCAAUUGAAAAGCAUGCACAGGCACACAUACACCCAUUCUAUUUAGAAGAUGAGCAGUAUCUGCCGUGAUAUGAAUUUUCUUUCUUUUUGUUCUGUGAAUGAGCUUUUUUUAAUGACUUUCCUUGCCUGGAAACCAGAGCAUAUGAUAACAUUUCUCGUGUGUGUUUUUUGUUUUCUUUUUUUUUUUUUUCUUUUUACUGGGAUUAUAGAUUAACAAGGCUCACAAUAAAUAUAUCAGGAAGAGAUAAUGGUGGUGAUGCUGACAGUAGUGUUACAACUUCAUUCAAAAAGGAUAGUUCUACUUCAUCUUGGACUCAACAACAUUUGCAGGUUUUUUUUUUUAUCUUACGCACAUUUAAUUUUUGGUUUAGAUGUCACAGUUUAUAUGUAAAUGAACGGUUAUUUACAUACAGAGCAGUUUGAUGAGCGCUAUCACAUAUGCAGUCUGAUUAACUUAUUUGUUGUUUGUUAAAUUUAGAUCGUCUGUGAAGGUGUAGUGGGAAACAGAAGUUUGUCGCUUGGCGCUCACCCCCAGAUUUGUAAAAAAAAAAACAAACAAAAAAAACAAGUGGUUGCCCAGAUCUUGAUGGUCUGAGAAGGGAAAAGCUCUAAAAUAUCCCAACAGUAUUCCACUGAGAUCAAGAUGCAAAUAGGUUAGGCAUUUUUUUUAAAGAAGUCCCAUUUGUGCCACAUACAAUUCCUCACCUGCCACGAGAAGCAUGAUUUUAUUAGUGGAUUUUAUGAACACAUUGUAUGUCUGUUUCAUACUUGAAAGCAGUAUAUUCUAUUUAAUUGAAGCAUUCUGUUUUAAAGAUUGCAACAAGUCUUUUUGAUAAUGAGCUUACCACAUGUUUUCUAUAAGGGAAAUCUUACUAUGUGCUUCUCUUGGUUGUGGCGCAACUGGAUGUGGUUUCGUUGCAGUGUCUUUCGUCUGUACUGUAGAGGACUGUAAUUUUGUCCCAGCCAUUUGCGUUGUGGCAACGUUCACAGAAACGUGCUCAGAAGCAGUUGGAUUUUUGGGUGAAUGCACAUCUUUCUGCAUCAGGAGUCAGUGUAAACUUGACUUUAUAAUGUCAGUAAACAAGGAUUUCCCUCCUCAGAGCUUCUCAUCUGGCCACUCAAAGACCUCCCCAUUGGGAUUAUCUUGUCAUUUGUUCUCCUAACUUCUAUGAAGUUGCCUUCCCUUUCGUCAUUUUGUUCAAUUUUUGUUUUAUUUUUUCAUGCUUUGUGUUACGAUUUUGGGGGUUGCUGCUUACCUAGCGAAGACUUUUUUUUUUUUUUUACAUAGAUUAAAAGGUUAACUUAAAGCAAACACACAAUGUAUUUGGUCAUUUAUACAUUUUUUUAGAACUUGUGGUAGCCUUUUUUGCUGCUUAAUGCUUAAGAAAUCAUAUAUACAGUUGAACAGGGAUUAACAAAGCAGUUGUCUAUCAAAGUAUCUACGAGUAAGAUGAGAUUCAAUGACCAUCCUUAUUGGUGAGUAGAACAUUUGUCCUUUCACUGCAUCACUUUUUUUAAAACUUGCUGUCAUCAUCACAACCAUUACAUACUUUUACUACAUUUUCUUCAUGUAAAUUGUUUACCACCGAAGCUCAACAUGGAGCUCAUUAACUUUUGUAAACAAUUGCCAUGAUUGACGACAAUUUAUAGCUCUGCUGGGAGCGAGUGAGUCCUUGUGCUUAAACGGUUGAAGGAUAGAGGAGAUGCUCUGGGUCGGAUAGUUUUAGUUUAAUGUUCAGCUUUCAUUUUGGUUUAGAUGAGGGGGAAAACUGACAAAGUUUGACAAAUUCCUGAGUCGGUUUUAUAACACGCUUUUGGGUCAGACAUCUAGGUAUCUCCUCAUCCAUCUUGGUUUUUUUGAUGAGCAUCUCUUCCAACUUGUCAUCGCCACAUUAGUGAAUGUUUGGGGUUUUCUGUUUUUUUCCAACCACACUUAAAGCCUCUGGCUGCUCCUCGCUACAUUUAUUGUUUAGGUACACAGCUCACUUAUACAUAUGAGUAUGUAUACAUACAUUAAUAUACUAAAGCACUAUUAACGUGCCACCUCUUAUUCUACUCGCUCAGCAUUUAUAUUAAAUGAUCUCUACUUAGAAUCAGCAAAAUGUUUUUUUUUUCGUUGUUGUUUGAUUUGUUUUCUGUCCACUGGUUGCCAACACAGACUUUAUCCUUUCCCAGACGAAGGACUUCUGUGCGCAUUGAUGUGUGUUCACUUAAUCUUUUGUGUUCAAACAAAGAUGUUCUUUAUAGACUAUGCUUCCGAAGAAGACAAAAUUCUGUAACUUUGGAAAAUUUAUGGAAAAGUUUUGUGUGUGCUAGAUUGUAUUGUAGAAAAUGUACCCUGAUUUAAAUUGUUUUGUUUUUUUUGUUUUUUUCAAAGUGUGCUGUACUGGGUGAUAGUGUUCAGGUAUUAGAAAAGUGUUGGGGUUUUGCCCACCCCUCACCCCCAAAAGCAUAUUCAGGAUGUCUCUGAUGAAAGGUUGGCCUUAAAUUUUCUUGCAAUGCCCCUUCACCUUCUGUGCUCAAGGAGCAAGAGGUGAUGAUAAAAUACUAAUUAAUACUGAUCUGGUAUCAUUUACAUGUAUCAUUUGACAGAUUAUGCUAUCAAAUGUCCCUCCUUAGAACCUGUCAGAAAACAGCAAUACAAUAAUGCAAAUCUCAGAUUUGAAGCAAAUGUAUAUUUUAUUGUUUUAUAUGGAAAUGUUGACCUAGAUGGGUUUGUAGUUUUUUUUUCUUUUUUUUGUUUCUGCAGUAGUUAAGUGAAUUUACUGACCUGCAAGUCUUACAGCCUAAUGCAAGAGUAUUCGUGUCUCAGUAGUUUUGUUCACAACAGAUUGGCCUGCCAGAUUAACUCUUAACACAGUAAUGUUUAAAGACUCCGUGUAUGAUUUACAACAUGAGUACAUGGGGGUUGGCCAUGAAUUGGCAACAUUUGAGUGUUAGUGGAAUUUCUAACUCUCUAAGUGAAAGUCAAACUCUGGGUCCCCGUUGGACUAAAUGAGCCUAAAACACCUUUAGCUUAGCAGAACUUGCAUAUAAUAAUGUAUGGGGUGGUUUACUGUUAAGUACAUAGCAAAGAUAUUCAUUUCAAUCUCCUGUGUGUUUUUGUUUCUGAGUGGAACAGCUGCCUACCCCUCAUUUCCAUAACCAGUUAACCCCCCCCCCCACCCACACCCCCCCACACUCCCACCUUUGACCACUGAACUCUGUUACUGCUGUUUGAGGCUCACGUUUUAUUCCCUGACUUUCUGGGGAAAUUCACAAAUGGCUUUUUUAUAUGAUUACUCCCUUGUAAAAUAUCUCUUAAAUUAAGGUACAGGUUUGAUUUCAGCAAGAAAAAAAAGAAGUUUUUAUAUGUAUAUUAUACUCCAUUAAGGAAUGUCUAGAAUUAUCUUCCUCCAAUGUGGAUGUAGCCAUUAUUACGCCAUUUUAUGACUUUGUAAGAGAAUUCACUGUGUGAAAAUUGGUCUGCAUUUUUGUAUAAUACAAUCUGCUGUUUUUUGUUUUGUUUUUUUUCUUUUCUUUUUUUUUUUUUUUUUUUUGUUUGAUACGAGAGGGAGGUCGAACUGGAAGUUUGAAGAGAGAAAAAAAAUGAACCUGUGAAAUUGAGAAAACGAAAUGUAACUUAUGUACAACAGUGAUUCUAAGCUGAGGGGGAAAGAUUAAAUGAUAUUGCUAACUCUGAA